GCACUUUUCGAUGGUCACGUUACCAAUGCACAUUUAUCACCAGAUGUAGGUAUCGAGACCUAGCCAAAAGUUUAGUGAAUACCGGGAUGACUGGUAAUCUGCCAUGCGAGUGGUUUGUUUCAGUAACUCUUUUAGGUUCUUCACGUUUACGAAAACCAAUAUCACCAUCAUGGCGCAAACCAGUAAUGCUUGUUGGCAAUAAUUUAUAAUUUCGAACUUUUCCUACUGUAAGUUAAGACUUAGCACACCAACUCUCAAUCUGUUACUAAGUUGCAACAUCGCUUUGCAUUCUCCCAUUUUAGUGUACAUGACAUGUACAUAGUUUAUUCUAGUAGGAGCCAAGUCUUAUCGGGCUCAUUAAUUUCUCUGGUUACAUAUAUAUAGUUGAUUCAGUGUAAGUAUGCGAGUUUCGUCUUGGAAUCACACUCAGUAGUUUAAGUGAAAUGUCUUUCAUGAAAAUACACGUUUGUUCUAAAUUGUUUUUUUCCUCCUCAUUGAUUUUAGUUACUAUUCUCUCUCUGCGAUAUAAACUUAGUGUCCGAUUUCAUUGCCCUGCAUAGAGUUAUUCCGUUUGUAACUGCUUCAUGGUUUGGUUUCACCUACCGUUAUUUCGAAGUUUCAAUUACGUUAAUCGGAAAUUACUGUCUACGCGUGUUAAAUUGAGUCCAUUAGCCGAUGCUUUUAAUUACCAUAGUUUUAAAACAAAAGAUGAACAUUUAAGCAAAAGGACAGGUAGCUUUUGCAUAAUAUCAAUAUUUUCAAUCAUAUAGGACUUUUUGGCCACCCGGUUUUGACGUCUCCUCAUAGUUUUCAAAGUCUGGUUGAGUCUACUAUCGGAGAGUGUCAUGUGUUGUGUGAUGAAGCUACUUCUCAGACAAGAGUUAGAAAAAUAGUCCAGGUUAGUCUCGUGUUAUCUAUACUUCAACUUUGUUACAUUUUUACAGCCACUUAGAACUGCUUUUCGUGCUAUUAACGCUUACUAGAUACUGUCGUUUAUAAGCAGGUUAUUUAUUUACAAGAAUCAAAUACGUAGAAAAAACCUUAUAAUAUAGUGAGAUUGUGCUAUGUCAACUCAUUUUUCUCUAAAGCACUUACACGGUUUCUCGCAUAUUACAUGGAUCUGGAUGUUUAAACAUGCAUAAAGCGCUCUAACUUUAUCGGUUGAUAAAAUAACCGUAGAUUCAGCGAACGACUGAUUUCCUUCAAAUAGUACUCAUGUGUAACAUCACUGCUCCCUCUAUGGCUUCAAUAUAUAUGAGGUAUAGUUAGUAGAAAUCUGUUGAGAAAAACAUAGAAUCUGCGCUUGUAUGUGUAUUCACUAGCCACAUUUCUCACUUUUAAAGUAAUGAAAAAUGACCUGUUCAUUAUACUCCUUGCUUGAUAAGAAGUCGGACAUUUCGUUUGGUUCGUGGAUAAUGCGACCAACAAAUUCCCCAGUCACUAGCUUUUACAGGUUAACAAAACUUAAGAAAAAUGAUGUUAAGCAUAUUCAGACACUUGAUUCCUCAAAGUUAAAUUGCCUGAUAUUCCCGAUCAAUCAUGAACCAACAUUUUUCAAGGGAAACGUAAUGAUUGCAUUUAUUACACAGUUCGAAGCUGUUUCAGUAUUUGGGGACAUAACUUUUGUUAUCGUCUUAUAAUUUUGUAGAAACAAACGCUUGUAUGGGAGACUUGUCGAUGACUUACGUAAUGAAAAGUUUCGGAUCGACGAUAUCCUCGAAUAUUUUAAGAAGUCAGAUCCAUCACUCAGAUUUAUAGUGGAGCAGGAAUAUAUUAGACGAUCUAUCCGAUACAUUGUGUCGAGUUGCUGAUUUAUCUGAUUGUAUACGAAUGCUUCAUCCAGAUCAAGCAUAUCGCUAUUCUGCACUGAAAGCAUGUCAGUCAAUCGGUCAACUUGUUGAAGAAUUGAAUACUAAUUCAAACUUAUAUAAUGCCUCUGUUCGUGCAAGUAGUUCAUCUCAAGUGGAUAAAUUAAUUCCAGAUACACAUAUGGAUAAUGUUGAUAGGCGUGUACUCGAUUUAUUUGUAGCUGAUUUUGAACUAUCUGGUGUACAACUACAGGAUCCCUGUCGACACGAACAAUUUGUGCAUGCUGCUUCAUUUGCCUUAAACUGUGGUGCUAAAUUUAUUGAAGGUUGCCAUAGUACAGUAACUUAUCCAUCGAAGUAUUCAGCAAAUAGUUAUUCAAAUUCAAUUGAACUUGUUCAUCCACUUAGUGAUCAUCCAGAUCCUUCUAUCCGUUUAUCCACCUAUUGUGCAUAUUAUGCACCCAUUCAAGGCCAAGAAAAGUGUCUAGAACAACUUUUGAGUGCACGACAUGAAAUGGCACAAGCAGCUGGCUUUCAAAAUUAUGCUAAACGUGCUACGCUCUAUAGUUUAGCUGAAACACCUGAGAAUGUAGACGAAUUCCUUCAGCAUGUUUGUAAGAAACUUCGUCCUAUUUCAACUGAAGUAGCAAGAAAACAGUUAUUACCAAUCAUAAAAAACUCUUAUCGAAAAACGAAGAUGCACAACUUGCAAACGGAUUGUAAUGCAAAUUUAAUUUGGCCUAGUGAUUUACCCUUUGCACUUGGUGUUAAACGCCAGGCAUUAUGUAGUCGUCAUUUGACAGAUUAUUUUUCAUUGGGUGCAUGUAUGGAAGGUGUAAGUCAAUUGGCCAAUUGUCUAUUUGGAUUACGUCCAGAAGUUGUACCGGUACAACCUGGAGAAGUAUGGCAUCCAUCUGUUAUCAAAGUUCAUGUCUAUUCGAAUAAGAAUAAUUCAACAGAACCAAUUGGAAUAGUCUAUUGUGAUCUGCUUGAUCGUCCUGGUAAACCUGCCCAAGAUUGUCAUUACACUAUACGUGGUGGUCGAUGCCUAGAUAAUGGUUCUAGUAAUCGAUCAUAUCAAUCUCCAAUUAUAACACUUCAAUUGACGCUAUCUCCGCCCGAAUCGAAUUCUAAACCACCACUUCUUAGUAUAGGACAAGUUGAAAAUUUAUUUCAUGAAUGGGGACAUGCAUUACAUUCUAUGCUUGCACGUACACGAUAUCAACAUGUUACUGGGACACGGUGUAGUACUGAUUUAGCUGAAUUACCAUCAACUUUAUUUGAACACUUUGCAUUAGAUCCGCGUGUAUUAUCAGAAUAUGCACGACAUUGGAAAACGGGUCAGAAACCAGAUCCUAAUGAAAUAAUUGCAUUACAACAAAUAUCCGUUGGUUUAGGACUUGGUCAAAGUUUAGAAGUUAGUCAACAGGCUACCUAUGCUAUUCUGGAUCAAGUUUUGCACUCAGGUCCUAUUGAAAAUACUUUACUGCCUUAUGCAAAAUCAACUCACGAAUCAGAUGGGUUAUGGCCUGCAUCCUCUAAAUUAUUAUCAGAUAUUCAAUGUAAAGUUGGACUAUCUGAUUGGUCUAGUUGUUCACCAGCUCAUCUAGGCGCAUGGCCUCAUCGUUUUACUCAUUUAGUCAAUUACGGUGGACGCUAUUAUGCUUAUUUGAUGGCAAAAGCUGGAGCUAAUCUUGUUUGGAGACGUUAUUUUUCCAAAGAUCCUUGGUGUUCCUCAAGUGGACAGCUUUAUAUGGAAAAAUUAUUAUGUCAUGGUGGCGAGUAUCCUCCAGCUAUUCUACUUUCGGACCUUUUGAAUUGUGAUGAUGAGAUCAACAGUCAAAAUGUACUAUUAUCUCCUAAAAAGUUAGCUGAAGGUUUAACUGAUCAGUUGGAAGAAAUGGAAAUGGCUUCAACUUCUUUACUGAACCGUGUUGAAUCACCGAGUUUAUUCAGACCAGAAUCAUACUAUUAGUAGCAAGAGAGAAGAGAACUUAAUAAUUGUGACAUAUCUUGUUGGUGAUGAUACCUUGUAAAUACAUCAGCUAAUUAUUUUCCUAAAUGCUCAUAUAUUAAUUUGCUUGUUUUGUCAAAUAAUUUAGAACAUGCAACAAAUAGAAGCUUUCGUUUUUG